ACACUCCCUAGCAACGGAGUUUCCUGAGAAGGUGGCGGCCACCUGCCGCCGCCAUCAGAUCCCCCAGGGAAGGGGCGCCCGGGCCGGAGUGCUCCCAGAGCCUCCCACCUCCCCGGUGUCCCGGUGAACGAGGGCGAGCUGCCCGGCCCCAGCCCCUUGCUGGGCACCUCCUGCUGCCCAGGCUGCUGGACAGACUCUCCCCGCGCCCGAGACCCCCACCGGAGCCCCGUGCCCCAACCCUGGCUAGCUCAGGCCGGUGGGAGCCCCGCGCCCCAACCCUGGCUAGCUCAGGCCGGUGGGAGCCCCGCCUGCCCCUGCAGCCUCCCCACAAGGGGACCCUUAGCAACGGAACUUGGAAUCCUGGGGCAGGGCAGGCGGGCGGGGCCGGGCUGUUGCUGGGGCGAUGUCCUCCAGGGCUCUCCCCACAGAGGCCCCAGGGGUCUGGGGAGGCGACAUGGUGGGCUCUGGGAUCCCGGUGCUAGGGCUUCUCCUGCUGGUGCAGGGCUCCGUAGAUGGGAAUGGAAUCCAGGGAUUCUUCUAUCCGUGGAGCUGCGAGGGGGACGUGUGGGACCGGGAGAGCUGCGGGGGCCAGGCGGCCAUUGAGAACCCCAACCUGUGCCUGCGCCUGCGCUGCUGCUACCGCGACGGGGUCUGCUACCACCAACGGCCGGACGAGAACAUGCGUAGGAAGCACAUGUGGGCCCUGGGCUGGACGUGCGGAGGCCUCCUCUUCCUGAUCUCCAGCAUCUGCCUGUUUUGGUGGGCCAAGCGCCAGGACAUGCUGCACCUGCCGGUGUUCCUGCAGGGCAAAUGUGACUUGUCCAGGACGGUCUCGCUGCUGUCCAAGGACCGGGCCAGCGAGAAAAAGACGCCGUCCGUCGGCAGCGUGCCGGCCUCCCUGCCCACCGAGGCGGCGGAAACCGGGGGCACGGAGGGGGAAGGCACGGAAGGAGGCGAGGAAACAGAGGGGGGCGAGGAAGAGGAUUAGGGGCGUCCCUGGGGGACCCCUCAAUAAAGAUAGAAUGUGUA